CAGUCCACAUUAUUUUCCACCACGGCCGCAAUGUCGAACAACAAUAGCAACAACAAUAACAAUAUGGGCAACAAUGGCAAUAUUAGCAAUAGCAACAAUAGCAACAACAACAACAAUAGCAACAAUAACCGCAAUCCAACCGAAUUUAGUCAUCACUUUCACUAACAAUGAUUCGCUUCAUUUCCACUAGAUUUCCCAUUUAUUUGCACACUCCCCCACGGCAGCCACAUACGUCCAAGCGCAACUUAACGGCAUCAAUUUCACAGCUGAUAAUCAAACCGUUACAGCCAACGUUGCCGCCAAUAUGAACGCCUCCGCUAAUAAUGGCAACAUUAACGCGAACAUCAACACCAUUUCCACACCCAACAUCAAUGCGAACGCCACCAUCACAACGAAUGCGGCACAACAGCCGACCAGCGGCAAUGCCGGUGUACCGGUCGUCACCUACAAUGGCAAUCAAUAUUGUGUAAUAACGCGCAAUGAUGCGGGCGCCGCCGAGAAAUCGGAAUUGCUGCAAAUUCAUGGCCAAUUCACCACCGACAAGGAGGGUAAGACGAAUAUAAUUCUAAUGUCGCCGGUUUCGGUGCCGAUGCAAAUGCAGAUGCACGUGCCGAUGCAAGUGGAAGUGCAAAAUCCUAAUUGAAUUGAAUUUUCCGCGCGGCAAGCGGAGUCAGGCGCUUAGAGGCGUGCAAUGAAAUGGGUUUACCAGGAAUGGUUCGAGCGUAUUUGUCGGCUGUUCGGUAAUUGUCGGAAGCCAGUAGGCAGUGGUUAAACAGGUAGGCGCGCCGUCGGUAUGCAGGAAGGUAUAGCGGUUGCAUUAAACGAGAUAUCGAAAUCAACAAAUCAAAUGGUUUUCCAAAUUUCUACUUUUUAGUUUAAGUGCAAGAUAUCAAAUAAGAGCGGAAACUAUGUAAUACGAAGUGGUGUUGAUAUAAACUAGUUCAGGUUAUACCCAACGCGCACGUAAAGUGCAGUCGUAAAAGAAAGUUUUUCGAAAUGAGGCAUUUGGAGUAUAUUUUGAAGGCUUUUGAUACAAAAAAAAGAAGAUUACUUCUCAGGAACUUUAAAAUAUUCAGAUUCACAAGACCUUUCACAUUCUGCAUGGUUCACGAAAAAUGUGUGGCCACAAUGAGACUCUUCCACUUAUUUCGAUCUUUUGCCUCUCCUCUUUAUUAGACUUCAACUAAUUUGGACCUUAGACAUCGAUAGAUGUACAAUUUUCUUCUUCAGGUUAGAUAAUGUUGGCCACUCAGAACAUAUCCGGUAUGCAUAAGUCCGUGUCAGAGACGGUGACGAACCCGAAAAUGCGGCAAAACUGGUCAGAAAAUGCAUCACUGAAGUCUUUUAAAAGGUUUGAGCUGUCAAUAAUUACCAUUAACCAUUCAAGCAUAUGCUAUUCGGUCCUAUUUUAAUAAUGUGAAUUGGUUAUCAAUUCUUAACAUUGGUCAUUCAAGCAUAUUAUGACUUCCGUAUGGAUUGGUUAAAAUCUUAAACCCCCCUUCUUUAUGGUUAUUCUUUCCUGCACUACGGAACUGAACUUUCGCCUACAACGUAGACAAAAUGUUAGUAGUUCCAAGAAGUGAGAAUUGAAUAGUUCACAAUUAAUCUUAGAGAUGAAAAUGUUAGUAGUUGCAGAGUAGAUUAGAUUGAAAUUGAUUCGAGCCAAAAAAGAAAAACGGAUCUUCCUUGGACGGCUGAGAACGCCAGUCCAUUUUGAUGCUACUAGCUUCUAAAUAUUGAUCAAAUAAAACUCUUAAAAAUCGACAAAGCACUCAGAGUCUAUCGAGAUGUUUCAACCUCAGUUUUGAAAAAGCUGGAUAAUGGAGAUGAAAUAGUUUCCUCCAUUCCACUCCGACAAAAUUUUCAGCCGUACUGCAUGUACGCCUAGUGGUCAAUGACCAGCAAGAACUAAUAAUAUUGGGGCAAAAUUAACCUUACUGUGUGCAAGUGGCUCGGUGGAUCUUCUUCGCUUCGUAUUAGGCUAAAGAAUCUCGCAGUUCCACAGUGGAGUUGUGAACCAGAGUCUGUUAAACUCAUGUGAUGUCCAGAUAUCCAGCGUUAGAACGCAAGAGGACAGAGGGGUCCUAAUCCGUCACAAUCCGAUGUAAUUUGGGCAUGUGUGGCCUCUUUUGCGAGCUCAUGGACAUUGCAGUUUCCUGCUAUUCCCCUAUGACUAGGGACUAGUAGUUGCAGAAUUAUCAGACUCAACGUAAAGCGCAUGUAGAUCGUGUCAAUUUCGUUUAAAAAAGAGAUUUGCUGCAAAAUAUUUAAGUCUCUUAAAAAUCAAAUCGCAAAAGGUUGUAUCUCUAUUCAGAGGUUAAUCCUCUUGGAUUUAGUAGCUGAAAGUUUAGAUAGACUGUAUAGCAUGGUCUUUCAAGAUAUGUUUGGCAUACCAGGCUGUUUCUCAAAGUUGAAAGCAUUUUGUUUGCGACUUAGACUUUCUUUAUGCCUCGAAGUAAACAAUGGUAGGAGCUAGGUUCCCAAAAAUUAAUCAAAUUUUCGAUUUCUACACUUUUUCUGGUUUAACCUCUGUCGGAUUAUUCUCACUUUAGCAAUGUUAUAUUAUAUACAUAGCUGUUACAUGUUCUCUUCCGGCCUCAAAUAUCUCACACACACUUUUUGGCUCAGUUUGUUUACGCGCGUUGGGUAUAAAAAUGAUAUGCAUAUGAAUUUGAGCAGAAAUUGCCAUGUCAAAGAAAUGUCUUCAAGCUAAGAUAAUGAAAACAGUUCAAAAUUUGUAUACACACUAUAAUUAUGGUACGAAAUUAACUCUGUUUGGUUUGCCGCGGUAACGGUAAAAUUAUAAAUCUUUAAUCUAAGAGCUGUAAGCUUAUGUUUGAAACUGCAA